AUGGAUUUUGACUCCUCUUCUAAGUUUAUAGCUUCACUUGCAAAAUUUCUGCAGUCGCUGUGUAAUGGAUAUGUGGAUUUUGACAAAGGUGUGGAAGUUAUUGGGCACAUCUACAUAAAUGUGGACAGUGACACCGGCAAAAAGCUUGAUUAUGUUCUCAAUGAAAAAGUCUGCAAAAAUGACAACUCUAUCACUUUCAUCAGCAACAGUUUCCAUGCACAGCCAGCAGAAAAACCUAAACCACCACCAAAAAAGGCAGCAGAACCGGAAAAACAAAAUGAGGAAUCAAUUGUUUUGGACGAUUCAGGGCAGACAGUUCCAAACAGCACUAACGUCGGCACCCUGGGCUCAUAUAGAGGUGCAUCUGCUAGAGCAGCACCACAAGAUUCAUUCCCCAGCGGUUCCAAGCGUCCGCUAACGCCACCCCUGCGCAGAGGUAUUGGUAAAGGUGGAAGCCCUUUGCCAUCUAAAGUCGGCACACCUUCAUCGCCCCGCUACCAUGACUCUGGUGGUCCAGCCGCCAAAAUGAGCAGAUCUGAUAUUCCACCAAGUCCUUCAAACAAUAGUUACCUUAGCGGCGGCCGGGAUGAUUACGACAGUUCUAAUGUCUUUCACUCAAGUGGUGAGAAUGAUGACAAUGAAAAUUAUUCUUCCAGUUUUCUAGACGAUCAAAACUCAGCAGAUUUGGACCAGAAACCAGUGAUUGACCCUGAUAUUAGUAUUGUUAAAGAGGAAUAUAUCUCAAACCAGAGCAGUUGCUCCUUCUCUGGGAGCAGUCAGACUUCUGGUCCUGGCCGAGGCAAAAGCCAGAUGGCCUCUGCUUACCCUGUCAUGCUCCAUCAAAGUCCUUCCAGUUACGCUGGUGCUCCUGCAGGUCCACCGUCUCACCAGCCUGAUAUGUUCUCAGGUUCUUCUUUAGAGGGCACAGGAGAUCCAUCAACUCUCACUCGUGCCCAGCAGGAAGAACUAGAAAUGUAUUAUAGAAAAGGAACAGAUCAGCAUUUAACAUUCUUGCGCAACAUGCGCGAGGCUCACGCUAUGUACCCAUUUACGGGUAAGCGUGAUAAAGAACUUUUCGACAAAGCCCUAGCAGAGCUUCUUGCGAGGAUGCCAGUCUUAGCCCAUGAUUUGAUCAGAUCCACUGAGAUAUUCUAUAACAACUGUCGGCUAAAGAUGCACAUGAGAAAAUCUAGGUCUCAAAUGUCCAUGUUUCAUAUAA